GUUCAGGAGUUUGAAACGAGGUCGGUACCUUGUUCGAGGAUGGGCCACGAGUUGUGGCAGAAGGAACAACGACCUUUGGGUACGAAGACGUGACUUAUAUCAGGAGGCACAACGGUAUCGGUCUUGCGUUUUGCAGUCCCUUGGUAGUUGAUAUACGCACAUCAGUCUGGUCUUUGGUCAAGUUGAGUUGGUGAGCCUUCCAGCAAAAACUCGAUACGCUGUCAUGCCACGAUUCGGCCGAACGAGGCCUAUCCAGAGAUCCAGUCCCACGUCGUCAUUGUCGCGUGUGGGUGACCAGCGUUACAUCAGAACUGGCCAAGAGAGCCCCAAGACUAUGCUGAAGAAACGGAAGAAGCUGCAGAAAUCCAACAGAGCUCGCGCCAAGAGCGGCGGAAACGGGAAAAUGUUAGGCGGCGAAUGGCUACAAGCAGCAGCGCAGCGGUCGGUGCAGUGGUGGCGACAGUGCAGAGGAAGACACAGCCUGCAAGAACGAAGACAGAAGCCUCGACUAGUAGUUUCGUCACCGAUGCAUAUCAGCAGCAGUCAGACAGCCUUGGUGUAUAGCGCAUUGCCUGUUCUCCCGGAGCUAGGAUCCGGGCCUCAGGAUACGCGCAAGCUGGGAUUACAAUGGGAGGCGUUGGGGAGUCAUCCCAUCUGGAGGACGGGUGAAAGCGAGGACGAGCGUUGACAGUGUGUGUGAAUGGGAGCGACGGAUGAUGCGCGGCGGGAGGGCGGAUGCCAUUCGCUGC